GUUUUAAAAAUUGUAGGCUAAUAUUUUGUGUCAAAGAAUGGACACUACAGUUGUCUCCGAGGAAUCAUCAUCGCACACGCAACCUCUCUCUCCGGUGGGAUGUCUGACCCGUGGAAUGCAGUGAUGUUUUCCAUGCACUACAACUCCUCCGGUGCCGCCCCGGUCGCCCCGCUCGGCCCCGUCUCCAACCAGAGUCAGGGGAUGUCAGGGGUGGCGGCAGUGGCCCGACGGGACAACCUAACCUCUGAGAAGUCCACGUCGACCCCCAGCGACCCCACUGUGGCAGGGCUCUCCAUGACCCUGGGCAUCCUCUCCAACAUCGUGGCCUUGGUCAUCCUGGCCAACGCCUACACCAACUUGCGCCGGCGCUCCAAGGCCACCUUCCUCCUGUUUGCCAGCUCGCUGGUGGUCACCGACUUCGCGGGCCACGUCAUUCCUGGCGCCCUGGUGCUGAGGCUCUACCUCUCGGGAGGGGUCUCUGAGCCGCACGACUCUGCCGACGCACUGUGCCAGUUCCUGGGGGGUAGCAUGGUGUUCUUUGGCCUGUGCCCGCUCUUCCUGGGCUGCGCCAUGGCUGCCGAGCGGUGCUUGGGUGUGACGCGGCCCCUGCUCCACGCUUCCCUGGUCACCACCACUCGGACUAAACUCUGCCUCUCCGUCAUCUGGCUGGUGGCCCUGUGCGUGGCCCUGCUGCCCUGUUUCCAGCUGGGCUCCUACACCUACCAGUUCCCCGGGACCUGGUGCUUCAUUAAAGUGCUGGGUGACACCAAUUGGACAGAUGUGGCCUUUGUCUUGCUCUUUUCCGGCCUGGGCCUGACGUCGCUGGCGGUGGCGUUCAUAUGUAACACCGUCAGCGGAGUGACUCUGGUGCUGGCGAGACUGCGCAAAAAGCCCUGCGGCCACCGCUCCGCCAAAUCCCACGACAUCGAGAUGGUGGUGCAGCUAGUUGGGAUCAUGGUCACCUCCUGCAUCUGCUGGAGCCCUCUUCUGAUCUUUGGCCUGAUGACAGUGGUGCGCUCCUACAGCAGUUCUUUUGGGGAAGACCUGAAGACCUAUAAGACUCUGAUGGUUAUGGGGGUGCGCCUGGCCUCCUGGAACCAGAUUCUUGACCCCUGGGUCUACAUCCUCCUCCGUCGGGCCGUCCUGAGGAAGAUCUACCUCAUUACCAAGGGCCAGUCAGACCUGAAGGGGAGCACCUUUCGCCGCUGGGAGGCCAGCUCCUUCCAGAGCUCGGAGAAGAACGUGGUCAACAGGAUCUGAGGACUCCAAACUGAAGAGGAAUAAAGGAGAGUGGAUAGCUGGCUCCUCUUCUUAAAAGGUUUACUUGCCCUGUGGCUUGUUACUUAUCCGUUGUAAUACAGCAUGUUAAUUUUUUCUGCGUGUUUCUAAACCUGAGGCAUUGGUCAAGAGGAAGAGCCAGUUUAUUACGCAGCUUUGCACAACAGCAUUGGGCAAUGGUACUGCCUUUGUUUCUCAGAACCUGUGGGAGAAUGUUCCUGUUCACAUGCAAGUCCUUCUGAAUUCUACUCCAUUGAAAAGAAAAUGGCUGAACCAAUGAAGGAUUAACAAAAUGGCAUGAAUACAAUAUACAUAGGAUGCACAGCAUAUCUGGAACCUGUUGAGCUCACGUUGAUGAAAAGAAUGUAGUAUAUGUGAUGUAGUAGAUAGGGAAAUGAAUUAGUGUCAAAUGGACCUUGGAGCUGUGUGUCACACACACACAGUUCGGUCCACAAGCUUAAAUGAUCAGAUUUUAGUUCAGUAUGCUGUAUCUAGCUGAAUGUGCUUAUUUGAAUGUUUUGUAAAUGUUUUGGAGCUUGGGCUUCAAUGUUGUUGUCCUCGUGAAGUGUCCAUUUUAAUGAAAGUUUAUCAGCAGGGAGUGCUGCUUGUUAUGGAAACAGUGCAAAGUUGAAGUUAAAGUAAAAGGAUGUGUGCUAUGAUGUGAGAAAGGCUGUAUCAUGUAAAGUUGUAUAUAUACAAUUUUGUAAAUACUAGAUAUAUAAGUAUAUUAUUUUCCCAAUUGUAUGGGAACAGAAAAAAUUAUGUUGAAUGUAAUAAUAACACAAAUAAAGAGAAAACGUUUUCCUCAUUUG